AUGAAGGGUAGGGGCUGCUGGGAGACGGGAUCCAUCCGUUCCUUCUGCAACGCUGGCUGUCUGAAUAAAUUUCACAAGGAUGACUCGGGCGACGAGGAGCCCGCCUCACAGUCAGACAAGAGCGAGCUGCACGGCACGUUAAAAACCCUCUCGAGUAAGCUGGAGGAUCUGAGCACUUGCAAUGACCUGAUCGCGAAGCACGGGGCGGCCCUGCAGCGCUCGCUCAGUGAGCUGGAGAACCUGAAGCUGCCGGCUGAGAGCGGCGAGAAGAUCAAGGCGGUGAACGAACGAGCCACGCGCUUCCGCAUCACCUCCAAUGCUAUGAUCAAUGGAAGUGCUUGCCGCGAUUUCCUGGACUUAGCUGAAACUCACAGCCGAAAAUGGCAACGGGCGCUGCAGUAUGAGCGGGAGCAGAGGAUCCGUCUGGAGGAGACCAUUGAGCAGUUAGCCAAGCAGCACAACAGCUUGGAGCGAGCCUGUCGCGGAGCCCCUGGCCUGUCCUCCAGCAGCACUGGCAUCACCAGUACUGCUAAGGGGAGCGUGCAGUCUGCCAAAGGAGAGGCCAGUGAUGAAGAUGAGGAGACGGAGUAUUUUGAUGCCAUGGAGGAUGCACCAGCUUUUAUCACUGUAACUGCAGACCCCAAGCACCACAGGCGUUCAGGCAGUAACCUGAGUGGGGCCAGCGAGGGCCACCCCGAGGACUGGAACCUGGAGGACAGUGUCUUUGAAAGCUCAAAUCAAAGCAGCUACAAUGAGUCCACUUGCAAAGAUCUCCUGCCGAAGAAAAGGAGACGGACUCGCAUCCCCGACAAACCCAACUACAGCCUUAACCUCUGGAGCAUCAUGAAGAACUGCAUUGGCAAAGAGCUCUCCAAGAUCCCCAUGCCC